AUGCCUAUCGCCAUCACACCCCCCGAGACCCCGGUCCAGAAGGACCUCUCCACAGUUGUUCAGGUCCCGCCGCCAACGGAGAACAAGAAGCGCAAGAUCAUCUGCUUCUCGGAUUUUGACGGCACAAUCUUCAUGCAAGAUACGGGCCACAUCCUCUUCGACAACCACGGCUGUGGCGCCGAGCGUCGCGAGGUCCUUGACGAGCAAAUCAAGACGGGCGAGCGAUCAUUCCGCGACGUGUCGGAGGAGAUGUGGGGAUCCCUCAACGUGCCCUUCGACGACGGCUUCGAGGUGAUGAAGUCGACGCUCGAGAUCGAUCCUGCCUUCCGCGCCUUCCAUGCCUACUGCCGCCAGCACGGCAUCCCCUUCAACGUUAUCUCGGCGGGCCUCAAGCCCAUCCUGCGCCGCGUGCUCGACACCUUCCUCGGCGAGGAGGCAUCAGCGCACAUCGACAUUGUGGCCAACGAGGCGGAGAUCACGGAUGAUGGUUCGGCGUGGAAGCCCAUCUGGCGCCACGACAACGAAAUGGGCCACGACAAGGCCUUGUCCAUGGCCGAGGCGCGCGCCCAGGCCGAGGAGGCCCUCAUCGGCGACGACGGGUCUGUGCCUCUCAUCGUCUUCAUCGGCGACGGCGUCUCGGACCUGCCCGCCGCGCGCCAAGCCGAUGUGCUCUUCGCCCGCCGCGGCCUGCGGCUCGAGGAGUACUGCCAGGAGAACGACAUUGCCUACACGGCCUUUGACACGUUUGCCGACAUUCAGAUCGAGAUUGAGAAGAUCCGCGACGAGGACGAGAAGAAGACGGCCGGCAAGGGUAGGCUUCUAUUGGAGAGCGUGGAUGGUGAUCUCGGAUGGCAAAAUACGCAUUUCGGCGGCUCGGUCAGUGAGACAGCGAGCAGGCCAAAUUGGAAGCUCUGCCGCCGUAUUCUCCUCCAAGACUGGUUGGACAUGGAUGGUCUCAAUUUUAUUGUGCUUUUCGUUCAUUCCCGUGGACAAUUAGACAAGGGCCAGUCGGCCACUUGA